GAGGAUUAGCGAGGGAAUAAUAACGCACUGCAAGAGCAGACGCGGGGAACGAGGAAUGAUCGGAUCGCUAUAAAGAGCGAUGCAAAGCUCUACGCAGGCACACAAUCGUCGGCACUUCAAUCCGAAUUCUCCUCAGUUCUCGACAUGGUUUGCAAAUUUUUCGUAAUUUCUGGGCUUCUCGCUGUCGCGAAUGCUGGAUUAAUCCACGGACCGGGGAGUACAACUGUUGCAGUCGCACAACCGACUGCCGUCGUAAGAACCGAAAGUUACGAGGCCAACCCUCAAUACAGCUUCAGCUACAGCGUUGCCGAUGGCCUCACGGGCGACAACAAAGCUCAAGAAGAAACUCGAAAUGGUGACGUCGUCCAAGGGAGCUACAGUCUCGUCGAGCCCGAUGGUUCUCGUCGUACCGUUUCUUACGCCGCCGACCCUGUGAACGGUUUCAACGCAGUUGUCCAGAAAGAUCCUAGCAUAAGCGUGAGAGGACAAAACGUUGCCGGAAAUACAGUCGUCGCGACUGCUGCCCCCAACCAAGUUAAUCGACCCGCAGCCGUCCAGAUCGCUCAACCGACUCAAAUUUUGACUCCGCAGCAGCCCAUCUUGACUGCCGUUGCUCCUGCUGCUUACGUGGCUCGUCGCGGUGACGCCAACCUCCUUCGUCAGUCGACCCUCAUCGCUGCUCAAUCUCCAUACUGGACGAACGACGAGGUGAUCACCGGAUACAAUGCUGAGUUGGUUAGCAACAUUCCCGUAAGCGUAGGAGUUGGUCUCGGCGUGCGUGGUUCUGGUUCAAUUUACGCCAACAGUCAGCCCAUCCUGCAAGGUUACCGUUACGGUAACGGUGGCCGGUUCGUUAAUGUUCAAUAAGAAGAAAAAUCUCGAAUCAUGUGCAUACGACAAUCUGCCAACGAAACCAUCUCAAAACUAGUGGACGAUUUUAAAACUGUGUCUAUCUGGUUUGACAUGGAAAAUUGUAAUUCUCUUCAAACAUUCCGUUCAUCAAAGUAUUAUCCAGCCACAUAACGUGAGCAACUCAGUACGCUUUAGAACUACGACAUUCUGUGACACGAUUCUAUCUCACGAAUUUUCCUUCCGAUUUUUACCGACUUUUUAACGACCUUUGUACAUCUCCUGGCCAUCCCGACAUGUAUAAUCUUUAUAAUUUAACACAAUAGAGACUCGUCAACGAUCAGCUGUGAAAAAAUAUCUAAUCGAAGAUGUUUCUUGUAUUCAAUAUACAUUUGCAUGUGAUUUUCGAUGCCGAUACGAGACUCCCGCUUUUUGUAUCGUGAAGUACAUUCAAAUAAAUAUUAAAAAUACA